GACAGUAAGAUGGUUGGAGGCAAAGUAAAGAAACCUGGUAAACGUGGUCGGAAGCCAGCCAAAAUCGACCUGAAAGCAAAACUUGAGAGGAGCCGGCAGAGUGCAAGAGAAUGCCGGGCCAGAAAAAAGCUGAGGUAUCAGUACUUGGAAGAGUUGGUGUCCAGUCGAGAAAGAGCCAUAUGUGCUCUCAGGGAGGAACUGGAAAUGUACAAGCAGUGGUGUAUGGCAAUGGACCAAGGAAAAAUCCCUUCUGAAAUAAAAGCUCUACUCACUGGAGAAGAACAGAGCAAAGCUCAGCAGAACUCAAGCAGGCACACCAAGGUUGGGAAGACCGAAGCUAAUAAUUCUUGUAAAGAGCAGCAUAAUGAAAUCUUGGCGUCUCUCAGUCACCUGUAG